CGUGGGUUCAUCGAUUUUUGGUGGGUCAGUUCGGGGAUUAAUCUCCAAGGCCCAUGAGGAGUGGUUUGUGUAUUGUGUUGCUUGAAUAAUUGCAACAAUGAAGGUCAGGACUGCCCAGGAGAUGGAGGAGGAACGUGUGAGGACCCUCUACAUUCGUCUGCCCCAUCAGAUCAAAAACAUGGACGACAUCCGUGACCUCAUCUUCGGGGAUGUCGAAAUAAAAUUGCCCAGACAAUCGGGGAGACACUGCCACAUCAUCUUCCCGAGUGUCGAGGAGAAGCUGAAGAACAUGAAAGCCCUGAAGAAGAAACUCAUCGACAACAAACACAUAUUUCUUAGUCACGCCAAGGUCAAGGAGCUAGACGUCAAGCUUGAGAAGAGGAAGAAGUUGAAAAAAGUGAAAUCUGUUGUGAUUGAUAAACCCAAGGAUGAGGAGAAAGUCACGAAAAUCUGCUUCCUUCAUAAUAUUCCAAAUGCCGCGAGUGUCAAGGAACUCAAGGCGUUAUUUCCAGAAGCCAAGAAUGUUGCUAUACUCUAUAAACAGAGGCUCAAAAAUCACAUCGAGGGAAGAACUGGAAUUAUUAAAUUUCGUGACCUCCACACAGCUGCUGCGUACUUGAAGAAGGAACGUCCAAUGCCGCUCUGCAGGGGAAUCCAGCUGGAGAUUCACAGGGACAAGAGGAGGCAGAAGAGAAGGAAGAAGGCAGAAUCACUGAAAAUUUAUGGCGUGGAUAAGGACGAGGGUGAGGCGAAGAAUGAGGCGAUUAAAAGCGCAUCAGAGGACGAGGUCAAGAGUGAGUCUGAGGAGGAGGACGACGUGGAGGAGGUGCAAUCACCUGGGGAGCCAGACAGUGAGGGCAGUAGUGAGGAGGAAUAAUUUAUAGAUCCCCUCCCACCGAUAAACUGGUACAUCCAUUAAUUCGAGAGUUACAACAGAGACAAGUGCACGUUGAACGUGAGAGGAUGAAUAAAUAUUUUAGAAUUCUAGGAUGUUUGAUAAUUAUAGACUAAUCAACUCCCACUAUAAUUCUGUUUAAUUAUUUAUAUAAUACUUUCAAUAUUUCUUUUGUUUUUCGUUGAGUAUCAUGUGCAUAGACUUGGAAAUAAUGAAAUAAAGUUUGUGUUCUCUAAGAA